AUGCUGCUGGUUUCUGAGGAGGACAAGCAGCUGCAGGAUGAGCUGGAGAUGCUGGUGGAGCGCCUGGGGGAGAAAGAUACGUCCCUCUACCGACCGGCCCUGGAGGAGCUGCGGAGGCAGAUCCGC